AAUUUCUGAUUGGCCAAAGUCCCCCCUUGAUUGACAGCCCUCCUCCUCGCUGGGCUCCGCCCCGCCCCAGCCACUCUACUGACGCUAAUGAGCAAAUUCUUCCCACCGGUCUCCUGCUUGGAAGUGCUGACAGAUCAAGGCAACAAAUUUCAAUUCCAAGCCCUAAUUUGUGUCCGCAGAGCGUUUGUUACCCAUGUCAGAGCUGUUUGGCCCCUCAGACGAGGCAGAGCUUGCGGGAGAAGGAGGAGGGGAGGACGGGAAGCCCCGCUUUGGCAUACAGGGAUCGUCUGGGCUUGCAAAGGGAAGAGGAGGGGGGAACGCUCGGCGACCCACUUCAGCCUGCUAGAAGGUGGAUGCAAAAGGAGCGGCGAAGCAAAGCCAAGGCGAGCGGCGCGGCCUGGAAAAGCAAAGCAGCCGGCGGGGGCGAGAGAGAAGACGGGAGGGUUCCAGUUCGCCGGUCCGACAUGGCAGAGAAGCGGAGAGCCUCGCCUUCCACCGUGCUGAGCCUCAAGGCUCACGCGUUCUCGGUGGAGGCGUUGAUCGGAGCCGAGAAACAGCAGCAGCAGCAGCAGCGGCAAUCGCAGCAACAGCCGCCGCCGCAGAAGCGACGAAAGCUGGCUGGAGCCAACGGGGAAGAGACGCCGUCCGAUGGUAGCGGCGGCGGCGGCGGCCACGGGAGCAGCUGCGACGCGGACUCCAGAGAAGGCGCCGGGCAAAGCGCCGCUUCGCCCUCCGGCGCUGAGACCUGCUCGGCCGCGCCUGAAGCAGCGAAGAACUGUGGCGGCCGGGAGGUAGCUCCCGGUGGGUGUGAAGAGAGUUUCUUAAACGGCGCGUCGCCUCCUCUGACUCCUGCAGGCUCCGCCAAGGCUGCUUCGCCUUUACUUUCCCCACAAGUGCCUCGGGUGGAUCUGCAGGGCGCGGAGCUCUGGAAACGUUUCCACGAGAUCGGCACCGAGAUGAUUAUUACCAAGGCGGGAAGACGAAUGUUUCCUGCAAUGAGAGUGAAAAUUUCAGGCCUAGAUCCUCAUCAGCAGUAUUACAUUGCUAUGGAUAUUGUCCCUGUAGACAACAAAAGAUACAGGUAUGUUUAUCAUAGUUCCAAAUGGAUGGUAGCUGGCAAUGCUGACUCACCUGUGCCUGCCCGUGUGUACAUUCAUCCGGAUUCACCUGCCUCAGGAGAGACUUGGAUGCGGCAAGUGAUUAGCUUUGACAAACUGAAGCUUACAAACAAUGAACUGGAUGAUCAGGGUCAUAUAAUUCUUCAUUCUAUGCACAAAUACCAGCCACGUGUCCAUGUCAUUCGAAAAGACUGUGGGGAUGAUCUCUCCCCAGUCAAACCCAUUCCUUCUGGUGAUGGCGUGAAGGCAUUCACUUUUCCUGAAACUGUUUUCACUACUGUCACAGCAUACCAGAAUCAGCAGAUCACCAGACUCAAGAUUGAUAGAAAUCCUUUUGCAAAAGGAUUUAGAGAUUCAGGGCGCAACAGGAUGGGGUUGGAAGCUUUAGUAGAAUCUUAUGCAUUCUGGAGACCAUCACUGAGAACACUUACAUUUGAAGAUAUACCUGGGAUUGCAAAACAAGGAAACACUAGUUCUUCCAGUUUGCUCCAAGGAUCUGCCAAUGGGGUACCAUCUACUCAUCCACAUCUCCUUCCUGGGUCACCUUGUUCUUCUCCUGCUUUUCAUCUCACUCCCAAUACUAGCCAGUUCUGCAGCCUAGCUUCGGCUGACUAUACGGCCUGUGCUCGCUCAGGUCUAACCCUUAACAGGUACAGUACUUCCUUGACUGAAACCUACAACAGGCUUGCAAAUCAAACCAGUGAGACCUUUGCCACUCCAGGAACCCCCUCUUACGUUGGCGUACCAAACGGUUCAGCUGUGAAUAUGCCUGUGGCAGGUAGUGACGGUGAUGCAUUCAGUUGUCCGCAGGCGGGAUUAUCGAUGCAAAUUUCAGGGAUGUCUCCACAACUCCAGUACAUUAUACCUCCUCCAUCUAGCAAUGCCUUUCCAGCAAAUCAAGCCCAUCCGAACUCUUACAACGCUUUCAGGCUGCAUAGCCCUUGUGCUCUGUAUGGAUACAACUUCUCCACCUCCCCCAAACUGGCUGCAAGUCCUGAGAAAAUUGUUUCUUCCCAAGGAACUUUCUUGGGGUCAUCACCAAGUGGAACCAUGACUGAUCGGCAGAUGUUGCCCCCUGUAGAAGGAGUGCACUUACUUAGCAGUGGGGGGCAGCAAAAUUUCUUUGACUCUAGGUCCCUAGGAAGCUUAACACUGUCAUCAUCUCAAGUAUCUGCACAUAUGGUUUGAUAAAUACUUCCAAAAUAAAAGUACAGUGCAAUUCUUUUUACAGUGUACCCCCCUCUUUUGGAAAAAUGCCAAGGUGAUUAAUAUGACUUGUAAUUGUAUAAAUAACAACAAAAGAAAAUAGUUUGAAUCUUUUGAUUUGCCUGUGGGCAAAUAUUUGGAUAGAUUCUGGCAUCUGAGUUAAUCUGAUUUAGUUAUCGGAAUAGUCCAUUUAGUUUCUGAGUAGCAUGCACUUCAUUUUAUAACACGUUUGGCCAUAUGCAACAAAUUAAGCAGGACUUCCUCCAGCACUCUUUCCCACAUUUUUCCUUCUUUAAGGAACAAAACAACACUCAAUUCUGAUGUAGAUGAAA